AUGAGCGGUAGCUGUGAAGUUUCAGUUUUUAACAGUGUUCUUUCAGCACUUCUUUCAGUAAUCGGUACAUUUGUGUUAUUAGUUCGAUUUGGUUGUGUGUUCAAAAGAAAAGGCGCACAUAUCGAUAAAGCGAGGAAAAUACGCCAGGAAUCAGUCAUUCUGCAUGCAGAUAAAGACAUGGAAGGUCUAGUUGAACCGGGACCAAAUCAAACUAAAGUCGAGGAAAAUAUGAACCGAGAGUUAAUUAAAUUAAUAGAAUCAACACAAAAUAGUGAGAAAAAUUUAAUCGGUCGAGAAAAAGCUUCAACGAAGAAGGGAAAAGAAACAACAAAUGAUAAGCAAGGAGGAGAUGGGAAAUUGUAUUUGAAUAAGCGGAAAGAGCACCAAAUUUUAUUCCAGGCAACGACAACACCUGAACUAAUACAGCUCAAAUCACAAUCGACGCAGCUGGAUGACCUCAAAGAUUCAAAAACGAAUAGUCAGAUGCGUACGCUGCGUGCGCUAUUUCGAAAAUGCCAAAGUGAUGUGGGUAAGCAUUGCAAAAAUAACAAUUCGGAAGAAAUUCGUGAAAGUGUUGGGAGAAAUCAAAGUCGAGAAGAAGAACCAUCAACCCUGGUGGGUAUCGCAUCUAUUGAUCGUGAUGAUGCACCAUCAGCGAUCACUAGUGUUAGGACAAACUUAAUUUCAAAGAGGCGUGGGCUAAGUAAAGGUAUUCAUACUAAAUGGAAGCCUGUUAAAAAACCAUAG